CAUACAUUCAGGUGCAUUUUGUCUUGGGGCAACGAUUUGCACAGGUGUAUGUUUAUGUAUUUCAUGCAUGGAAUGACAUCAUUAUUUUUUUUUUAUUUCAAUGGCGGUGCAUGGGACAGAAAGUGCAUGUUUCUGUAUUUUGAGCAUGAAUUCAUAGAAGUUUUGUGGGGCGGGAGAUUCUCAAUUCUACAUGGAAUGACCCAAUUAUUCAUAAGAAAAACACCCUGAGGCCAUAAACACAUGAAAAACAUCAACUCGGGCCGUAACUGAGCGUGCCGGUAGUGCCUCGUUUCGACGCACACCGUUCGUAACCUCGAAAUGUCGUAUGUCUUGCCGUCGUAAACCGAGGACACAUUGUUGUACUGCGUUCGCCGCAGUGUAUGUUUCAUGCAAACCCAUUUCCAUGUCUCAUUAUGAAAAGUUAUGGGCAAAAUCUAAUUAAGCACGCAGCCACGUCUCGCGCGCGCACGCACGCACGCGCACACACACACACACACACACACAUACACAGGCUGGCACCGAGUGGGACUCAUUAGUGUCAGUCACGACGCAGCUUCUCGCCUGACAGGACAGGACAGGACACGGCUCAAACCGCCGCUUUAAGGCUCAUUUCCUGCCAUUGUCACACAGUCGUGAGCAGGAAGAGGCAGAUCUGCUGUUGGGCUUUGGGAGGGGAGGGGGGGGGGAUGCUUAUGUGCGUUGUAUGCCGCCCACCUCGUAUUUAAACACGAUGCUUCUUUCUGGACGAGGGACGUUCGCGGAGAUCCAUCCGAGGAGCUGGACCUUGUGGCUCGUGGAGCCGCGCGGCGACAUGCUUGAUGAUGCCCCUGCAGGAAAUGAUGACAGCGUUCGACACCAUCGCUUCUCUGCUGCCGUCUAACAGCAUCUAAUACACACGCACGCGCACGCGCGUCCAGGAGGCUAUAGUCGAGGUUUUCGGACGUUGGGGAGCAGGUGCGGCAACCCCCCCCGGAUCCGGAUCCAGAUCCAGUCAUUUGUGGAGGAAUGUCGUCCACCAUCGAGAGGAAAACGCUGGAAGCCAACGAGGAGCCAGUGGAUGAGGUCCUGCAGAUGCCUCCUUCUCUGCUGACAUGUGGCGGCUGCCAUCAGAGCAUUGGCGACCGCUUUUUCCUGAAGGCCAUCGAGCAGUACUGGCACGAGGACUGCCUCAGCUGCGACCUGUGUGGCUGUCGCCUCGGGGAGGUUGGCCGCCGCCUCUACUAUAAGCUGGGAAGGAAAUUGUGUCGCAGAGACUACUUAAGGCUUUUCGGUCAGGACGGCCUCUGUGCAUCCUGCGAGAAGAGGAUCCGAGCGUUCGAGAUGACCAUGCGUGUGCGGGACAAAGUCUAUCACCUGGAAUGCUUCAAGUGCGCCGCUUGCCAGAAGCACUUCUGCGUCGGCGACCGCUACCUGCUCAUCAACUCAGACAUUGUUUGCGAGCAAGACAUCUUCGAGUGGACCAAACUCAACAAUAACAGCAUGGUAUAGAACCACGUGCCGCAUCUUGUGUCUCCUGGACCUUUUUUGGUCUGGUUUCACAGCGGAACAAUCAGUAAUACACAGUCAAAAGCUUGGAACUGCCUCGUCGCUUCAUGUGCAAACGGUUUUAGCUGAAAAUCUCGUUUGCUGGAAGCUCAUAAUAUCUGGACUGUGGCAGGCAGCUCUUUAUCUCAGGCCUCAGAAAUGCAAAACAAUCAGAAUGAACAUACAAUAACAGGUAUCGGUUAACCUUACUGGACUUGUCAACUAGCGCAAGAUUACAGCAACUUUCUAAUAGUGGAAUCAACUAACCAGCUAAACAUAGUUUUAUUUCUGUCUUUACCAUGUUUGCACAAAAUGACAUUCAAGUUUCGAUUUGUAGAUUUUUAUUUUUUUCUACAUCAUGACAAAAAUAAAGUUCCUAUAUAUUUCCAUCCAACACAAGUAUUAUAUUAAAGGAUAUGACGAGAAUUGUUGUAUUUUUUUUCAUUACUUGCUCUUUUGGAACGUCAACUCUCAAAAGAUGGGUUCCCAAUGUUUUUUUUAAUAUAUUGGUGUGGAAUUAUUCAAUACAUAAAAAUGUUGAUUCUAAAGCUU